AUGGCCCGCCGAUUCAGUCCUCCCAAACAACCACCGUUGACUCGCGAUUCCUCUACGCUACCUAUUCCCAGUUUUGCUAAUCGCAGUUCCAACGAGCUCGGUCCACCGCCGGGGAGCGAAUUCGUUUCGCCAGGGUCGCCGCUUCCAAGUUCCGACGAGGCGAAGAAUACAGAUCGGCCGCGGCGGCAUCUGCCUAUUCUUCCCCCAGAGCUCGUCGCCGAAAUCCUCGCUUGGUUGCCCGUCCGUCCCCUCGUCCGAUUCAGGUGUGUCUCCAGAUCCGUCAAAACCCUAAUUUCCAGCGAUGCUUUUAUCAAAUCCCAUCUGAGAAACACGAAAGCCUCGUCCGCUGCCAAGCCGAAUCGCGUCGAGAGGCUCAUCGUGAAAUCGGAGAAGCUAGGUCUCAUCUCAUACUCGCUUGGCUCUCUGCACAAUUACCGCGGCACUCAAGCUGAAAUCGAUCUAGCUCGUCCGGAGCGUUUCCCGGUGACCACAUUUGUUCGCCUUCUUGGUCCUUGCGAUGGAUUACUCUGCGCUCGUGUCGGUGGCGGCUUCGUUGUGUGGAACCCAUCUCACGAAGCUUCCACCGAGCUGCCUAUGUUUCGGUCAGGGCCGUGGAUUCCCGGGAGCUUCAUGUGUUUUGGGUUUGGCUACGAUGGUCGGCUAGAUGACUAUAAGGUUGUUGUUCUGGUUUCAUCGAAGAAAUGUGAUGAUUCUUCUGCUUAUCAGACUGAAGUUCAGGUUUGUGGACUGAAGUCUAGAGUGUGGAGGAGGAUUGAGGAUUUUAAGGGCGUCCCGGGCGACGAUGUUGGGAAGGUUGCUGCUGGGUGUCUUCACUGGAAAGCUUCUUAUGUGAAUGAUGAGCCGAGGUACACGAUCAUGUCGCUCGAUUUGGCGAGCGAGACGUACAGGGAGGUGAUGCCACCUGAGUUUGGGGAGGCUACUGGUCUUUGGACGUUGGAGGCAUUGGAUGAUCGCCUCUUCGUCAUGAGCCGCAACUCGAUCGACUGUUCUUCUGCAUUGUGGAUGAUGAAAGAGCAUGGGGUGGCAGAUUCAUGGACCAAGUUGUUCAGGGUUCUGCACCAUGGCAUGUACCCUGGCGAAUGGAGGCCGUUGAUGUACAUUUCGAACAGCGGUGAGGUCAUUUUUCGGACACGUUACUGUCUGCUGAUUUACGAUAUCAAGGAGAACACGGUCCGGUUUCUGACAUCGAAAGAUUGGUUCGAUUACGAUUCCUAUGUCUACAUGGAGACCUUGGUUUCGUCCGGGCUCGAGAACUAG